AUGGCCACCACCGGGUCGCGGUCGCCGCCGGGAUUUCCUGAUCCAACACCGAUCAACCUUGGCCGACUGCUUUCAAGACUGGAACAAAUUGUUCUUGUAGACCCAUCACCCCAGCUAAGGAAGUCACUCUAUGAGCGGGCACGCGUCAGCGCUAACAUUGAACAUGCACGCACUCUCCUCCUCAGCCUCGAACACUCGGCCUCUACGUUACCUUCGAAAUCAAAGAAGUCGGCGCUACAAGCAGACCUGCAGCAGAAACGCGAAACGAUAAAGCUACUGAAUCAACGGAUAUACGAACUGAAUCAGCUCGGUGAUACAGAGUCAGAAGCUUCAAUAGACUCGGACGACGAAGACGAGGAUCAGUUCCCCUCAUACGCACCUAGGAUCAAGGCCAAUGAGGGUAUUGACAUCACAUCGAGAGAGGGCGAUGGCAACGAAGCACUUCAAAACGCUGCAAGGAACUUGACCUCACAGAUGCGGCGGAGAGGGCAGGGAGCAGCCGCUGAUGGGACACAAACGGCAUCAGGAACCUCGCUGUUCCCGUCCAAGUCAAGUACCACAACUGGCGAUCCUUCCCUAGCACAAACAGAAGCGCUCCUGUCGCACGACCGUAACGAACAAGAGAACCUUACGGAGAGUCUCCUGGAGAUGGCAAAGCAGCUCAAGGCGCAAUCAAUACAGUUCAGCAACACUUUAGACAGCGAUAAGGGCAUUGUCGACCGAGCAGUAUCGGGGCUGGACAAAAACCAGAUCAACAUGGAUGCUGCCAGCCAGAGAAUGGGCACACUCAGGCGUAUGACGGAGGGUAAGGGCUGGUGGGAUCGCAUGAAGCUCUAUGCCAUGAUUGGCGGGUUGUGGUUACUGGCCUUCAUCAUUGUCUUUGUGGGACCCAAGAUACGAUUCUGA